GGUAGGGGCCAGCAACUUGGACAUCAGGUGCUGGGUAGAGUGAGUUGCCUGGGACACACGUGGCCACUGAGGACGGGAACCCAUGCCCACGUUUCCGUCCUUGCCCCUUGCGCGCGGAGAGGCGCGCUCGGAGCCGAAUCCCGCGCGGCUGGCUCGGGCAGGGGGUGGGGUGACCCUGUGGCUCCUGAGAACCGCUGGGGUGCGUGGCCGGUGCCUGGGCGCAGCCAACGUCCUGGGGGCAGCUUCUGAGGGCCAGGUACCUCCUCCCACUCCGGGAUCGCUUCUCCCUCCUCCUUCACACCCCCGCCCCCGGGACCGCGGCGCUCCCUCCCCGCACCGGCCAGUGAGUACACAAAGCGGCGGGUGAGGGGAAGCUUCGCAGGCGUGCACGGAGCAGUGAGAUCACUGGCGUUAUAAAUAUCCCGGUGCCAGCGCCGAGAUCCGCUCGGGUGGCCUCUCUCUCUCUCUCUCUCCCUCUCUCUCUCUCUCCCCCUCUCCCUCUCCCUUCCCCGAGGCUAUGUCCACCCAGUGCGGCGAGGGAGGCAGCGCCAGAGGCACACAGCAGCGCGGGGGCUACGGAGCCCGGAGCCAGCCCUGCAAGAUGCACUUAGGACCCCCGCGGCCGGAAGAAUGAGCUUGUCCUUGCUCUUCCUCCUCUUCAGCAGCCACCUGAUCCUCAGCGCUUGGGCUCACGGGGAGAAGCGUCUCACUCCCGAAGGGCAACCCGCGGCUCCGAGGAACCCGGGAGACUCCAGCGGCAGCCGGGGCAGAAGUAGCACGACGUCUUCCUCGUCUUCUGCCUCCUCCCCAGUCGCGGCUUCCCCGGGCAGCCCGGGAAGCGGCUCGGAGCACAGCAGUUUCCAGUGGAGCCCUUCGGGGCGCCGGACCGGCAGCCUGUACUGCAGAGUGGGCAUCGGCUUCCAUCUGCAGAUCUACCCGGAUGGCAAAGUCAAUGGCUCCCACGAAGCCAGCGUGUUAAGUAUUUUGGAAAUAUUUGCUGUGUCUCAGGGGAUUGUAGGAAUACGAGGAGUUUUCAGCAACAAAUUUUUAGCGAUGUCAAAAAAAGGAAAACUCCAUGCAAGUGCUAAAUUUACAGAUGACUGUAAGUUCAGGGAGAGAUUUCAAGAAAACAGCUAUAAUACCUAUGCGUCCGCAAUCCACAGAACUGAAAAGACGGGGCGGGAGUGGUACGUGGCCCUGAAUAAGAGAGGGAAGGCCAAGCGGGGCUGCAGCCCACGGGUCAAACCCCAGCACGUCUCCACCCACUUCCUACCCAGAUUCAAGCAGUCCGAGCAACCUGAACUUUCCUUCACGGUCACUGUACCAGAAAAGAAAAAGCCACCUCGCCCGGUGAAACCAAAGGUCCCCCUGUCGCCACCUCGCAGAAGUCCCAGCCCAGUGAAGUACAGAUUGAAGUUUCGCUUUGGAUGAUGCUCAUCUCAGCCUUGUGGGAAACCACUCUUCCGCCUCAGGACCUUCUACAGGCAUCAUGGAGCCCUGAAGGAAACCUUCGGACGCAGUGUAUCUCCGUCCCUCCGCUGUGCUUACACCUGUGGAAGUCAGGUCAUUGUGUCACUUUGACUGGAACAAAACUGCUUUAUUUUUUAUUUUUAUUUUAUUUUUUUAAUUUUAAAUAGAUACAGAAAUGGGAUUCUCUGUAGCGAUCCAGGGAACACAUCCCUUCAGCUCAGUAAGGUAUAAAGACUUCGUGAUUAGAGGAUGUUUAGCAUUCUACGUAUUUAGAAUGUUCCAUACCCUGGACUGUAUGUAUUUUUGUGACUUUUACAGAUCAGUCUGAAAGAACAAACAUGAUACAUUUUUAUUUUUGUUUUCCAAAGAAUAUUUUAAUGCAGAUAAAAUAUUUUAUAAACUUUUGUUUUUUUUUAAGGUACCUCUACAUUGAGCAUAUUUUCUUACUUUUAUUAUUUUAAUUAAUGUGCCACAAGCAGUCCAUUUAUUGCUGUUCGUGGAUUAUAAACAUUUUGAUUGAUUGUCUGGUAGCAUGUGGCUCUCCUUUGCAUUGUUUUUUUCUUCAUUGCAUUGUUUACUUUGUUGUAGCCAUACCUCAAGCCACGUAAAUUUAGUUCUACAUUUUAAAAUGUUUAAAUGUGCUUCCACAGCCCCAGAGGCUCAGCUGGGAGGUGUGUAUUGUGUAUUAAGUCACGGCGUUCUGUGGAAUCCUGCCACGUCAGUGGCUGGGCUCUCACGAUUAGAAGGAGGACAAUAUGAGAACGUUCUGAUGGAUUUCAAGGUUGGAUGUAAAGAAAAGGACGGAGGCAAAAGCACAGGAAGUGUGCAGCAUCUGUGGCGAUCUCAUUCUGUCUCUUUUGCGUCUCCUUUUACCUGCCCCUGCCCUUGUUCAAGAACAGCUGAAGGAAUACAUUUUAUCCUGUCCAUCAAGUAUACACCAUGAAACUGGAGUGCUUAAACACACUUCUGACUCCAGUUGUCCUUACUGUACAGACCCACAGAGAGCAACUAAUCAGGGUGUGUGCGAGGGUGGGUGUGUGCAUGCGUGUGUGUGUGUGUGUGUGUGUGUGUGUGUGUGUGUGUGUGCGCGUGCGCGCACACGCGCGAUGCGUGCUUGUGUGUAGAUGAAUCACUGAACAGGUAUUCAUGCUGAGACUCAUGGUCAAAAAUACUCCUAUUAUUCAAUCAAAUACCUUUGAGCUUUCUAUCCUAAAGGUAAGGAGUGCAGCGAGUGAGUCUGCUCUGCUAUAAGAAAAUCUGAUGUCAUCUGACAUAGGAGCUUAAUUUGGGAAUUUGAUACGUUGAAAAUGACACUUCAUUCUCAACUCAAAUGCCAAACACUGGACGGGAAUCACAGAAAGUUUAACUUACAAAGAGUUACAAAAUUUAUUUUCUUGAAUAAUCAUUUUUAUGGAGAUCUAUGAAAUACAAGUGUUCAUCUUAUAUUCAUAAAUGCUGCAAUAAAAAUGUGCAUAUGACCAUUA